AUGAAUUCAAAGGACACUCUUUAUUGCAAGCAGCCAGAGAGGCAGACCUAGCCAAAGUGAAAAAGACACUUGCUUUGGAGAUCAUUAAUUUUAAGCAGCCACAGUCGCAUGAGACUGCACUGCACUGUGCUGUGGCCGCUGUGCAUCCCAAGAGGAAGCAAGUUACAGAACUAUUGCUCAGGAAAGGAGCAAAUGUUAAUGAGAAAAACAAAGAUUUCAUGACACCUUUACAUGUUGCAGCUGAAAAAGCUCAUAAUGACGUCAUGGAAGUUCUGCAUAAACAUGGAGCAAAGAUGAACGCACUGGACACACUUGGUCAAACAGCAUUGCACAGGGCUGCACUAGCAGGUCACUUGCAAACCUGCCGGCUCUUGCUGAAUUACGGCUCUGAUCCUUCCAUCAUCUCUUUACAAGGCUUCACAGCGGCACAGAUGGGAAAUGAAGCAGUGCAACAGAUUCUGAGUGAAAGUACACCUGUGCGCACAUCUGAUGUGGAUUAUCGGUUAUUAGAAGCAUCCAAAGCUGGAGACUUGGAAACUGUGAAGCAACUUUGCAGCCCUCAGAAUGUGAACUGUAGAGAUUUGGAAGGCCGUCAUUCAACUCCACUGCACUUUGCUGCAGGAUAUAACCGUGUAUCGGUGGUGGAGUAUCUGUUGCACCAUGGGGCAGACGUGCAUGCCAAAGAUAAAGGUGGCUUAGUACCCCUGCACAAUGCCUGUUCUUAUGGACACUACGAAGUGGCUGAGCUCUUAGUGAGGCACGGUGCUUCUGUCAAUGUGGCAGACCUGUGGAAAUUCACUCCUCUACAUGAAGCAGCAGCAAAAGGAAAAUACGAAAUCUGCAAGCUGCUUUUAAAACAUGGAGCUGAUCCAACAAAAAAGAAUCGAGAUGGGAACACUCCUCUAGAUUUGGUGAAAGAAGGAGACACAGAUAUCCAGGACUUGCUGCGAGGAGAUGCUGCAUUGCUAGAUGCUGCCAAGAAGGGGUGCCUGGCGCGAGUGCAGAAGCUGUGUACUCAAGAAAAUAUCAAUUGCAGAGACACCCAGGGAAGAAAUUCAACACCGCUACAUCUUGCAGCUGGUUACAACAAUUUGGAAGUAGCUGAAUACCUUCUUGAGCAUGGUGCUGACGUUAAUGCCCAGGACAAAGGAGGUUUAAUCCCCCUACACAAUGCAGCAUCCUAUGGGCAUGUGGAUAUAGCAGCACUGUUGAUCAAAUACAAUACAUGCGUAAAUGCAACAGAUAAGUGGGCGUUCACACCAUUGCACGAAGCUGCACAAAAAGGAAGGACACAGCUCUGUGCUCUGCUGUUAGCUCAUGGAGCAGAUCCAACCAUGAAGAAUCAAGAGGGUCAGACACCAUUAGACCUGGCAACAGCUGAUGAUAUCCGAGCUUUGCUGAUAGAUGCGAUGCCUCCAGAAGCUUUGCCUACAUGCUUUAAGCCUCAAGCUACUGUUGUUAGUGCCUCUGUGAUUUCACCAGCAUCUACACCAUCCUGCCUCUCCGCUGCCAGCAGUAUAGAUAACCUCACUGGGCCACUGGCAGAACUAGCCGUAGGAGGUGCAUCGAAUGCUGGUGAUGGAGCAGCAGGAACUGAAAGGAAGGAAGGAGAAGUUUCAGGUCUUGACAUGAACAUUACCCAGUUCCUAAAAAGCCUGGGUCUUGAACACCUUCGGGACAUCUUUGAGACAGAACAGAUAACCCUGGAUGUGUUGGCAGACAUGGGACAUGAGGAGCUUAAAGAAAUAGGGAUCAAUGCGUAUGGACACCGCCACAAAUUAAUAAAAGGUGUGGAGAGGCUUCUAGGAGGACAGCAAGGCACCAAUCCUUAUUUGACUUUCCACUGUGUGAGUCAGGGGACCAUUCUCCUUGACCUUGCUCCUGAUGAUAAGGAAUAUCAAUCUGUAGAAGAGGAGAUGCAGAGUACAAUCCGGGAGCAUCGGGAUGGUGGAAAUGCCGGUGGGAUCUUCAACAGGUACAAUGUCAUCAGGAUUCAAAAGGUCGUGAACAAGAAGUUGCGGGAGAGGUUCUGUCACAGGCAGAAGGAGGUCUCAGAGGAGAAUCAUAAUCAUCACAAUGAACGCAUGUUGUUUCAUGGGUCUCCUUUUAUUAAUGCUAUCAUUCACAAAGGAUUUGAUGAAAGGCAUGCAUACAUUGGAGGAAUGUUUGGAGCUGGGAUUUACUUUGCCGAGAACUCCUCAAAAAGCAACCAAUAUGUGUAUGGGAUAGGGGGAGGAACAGGCUGCCCCACACACAAAGACAGGUCCUGUUAUAUCUGCCACAGACAAAUGCUCUUCUGUAGAGUGACCCUUGGAAAAUCCUUUCUUCAGUUCAGCACAAUGAAAAUGGCUCAUGCACCUCCAGGGCACCAUUCUGUUAUUGGCAGACCAAGCGUGAAUGGACUUGCAUAUGCUGAAUAUGUUAUCUAUAGAGGGGAACAGGCAUACCCGGAAUAUCUUAUUACAUACCAGAUUGUGAAGCCAGAAGCUCCCUCACAGACAGCAACAGCAGCAGAGCAAAAGACCUAGUAGCUACAGAGCAGUGAAGAAGGAUGUGACUUCAAUCUUGGACUGGAUGGAUACGUUUUUCAGAAAAUCAGUAUCAUAUAAAAUUGUUAACAACCUGGAAAUAAGCUGUAUGUCUUUUAUGAAGCAUUGCUGUCUUGAUGAAUAAGAUAUGAGUAACUCUUGCAUACUCAACUGCUACUGUUCCUUUUGAGGAAAGUUUACAAGGGACUGCCUUUUAAUAACAUAUCUCAGGCUCCUAGUCUCUGCAGUUACUUUGUGUAAAAUAAUAUUGUUUUGAUCUAGACUUUGGGAACAUUAUUGUGCAAACAGAAAUCUUUUAUCAGUGCCAUCUCACA